UGUGGGAGUGUGACGCUACAACCACCUUAUAAAGGGACUCACGGUGUGUCUUGAAAUUAGAGCACGUUGCCUAAAUUUGAGGUCUCCACACAGUCACUAAAAAGCCGCUGUCAUGCAUUCGUUGAAGGUGGACGACAUGCUUCAUAUGACGGAGACGCCACUCUUCUGGGUCGGGACAUUCACCGUGGCCUCACUGUCUUUAUGGGUGCUCCACCGACUCCUCCAAGGUUUUCGGAUUUGGGUCUUGGGAAAUGGACAGUUGCUCUCUCCGAAAUUGGGCAAAUGGGCAGUUGUGACGGGAGCCACAGACUGAAUCGGGAAAGUCUAUGCAGAGAAGCUCGCUGGAAAAGGUUUGCAAUGAUGCUCAUGAGUCGCUCCCAGGACAAGCUGGAUGACGUCUCCAGGCAGCUUGAGGAGCAAUACAAGGUGGAGACCAGGACCAUCGCUGUGGACUUUGGUCUGUCGGAUAUCUACCCCAAGAUCGAGGCUGGACWGGCAGGCCUGGAGAUCGGAGUGUUGGUGAACAAUGUUGGAAUCUCCUAUCCCUACCCUGAGUACUUCCUGCAUAUUCCUGACCUGGACAACUUCAUCACCAACGUGAUCAAUGUCAACAUGACCUCUGUUUGCCAGAUGACCCGUCUCGUCCUGCCCAGAAUGGUUCAGAGGUCCAAAGGUGUGGUCCUCAACAUCUCCUCUGGCAGUGGCAUGUACCCUGUCCCACUCCUCACUGUAUACUCCUCUUCCAAGGCUUUUGUGGACUUCUUCUCUCGUGGACUUCAGGAGGAGUACAAGGCCAAGGGAAUCAUUGUCCAGAGUGUACUGCGAUUCUUUGUGGCCACCAAGAUGACCCGUAUCAAGAAGCCCACCCUGGACAAGCCCACCCCCGAGCGCUAUGUGUCCGCUGAGCUGACCACCAUCGGACUGCAGGGCCAGACCAACGGCUACUUCCCCCACGCUGUCAUGGGCUGGCUGACCACUGUCCUGGUGCCUAUUAACUUGGUCAUCUACUUCGGGGCCAGGAUGAACCGAGCCAAGAGCACCGGAUACCUGAAGAGGAGGAAGCUGAGGGAACUGGCCAACCAGAGCAAUGGGAAGAGUGUGACAGGCUGAAGAGCGAGUAAACGGAACUCCAUAGCAACGAAUGGAGACUAGAAGCUGACCAUAGAACUACCAUUCAACUACUCUGACUACCCUGGACUAUGUCCGUUUUGAUCAGGGUUCCACAACCUCUCCUCGGCCCCCCCUAGACGUUUCACUUUUUUUAGUUUUAGCCAUAAACUGGCACACCUGAUUCCAUUAGCCAAAUGAUGAUUAGUUGACUAAUGGUGUCAGGUGUGCCAGUUUAGGGUUAAAACAAUGUGAAAUGUCUGGGGAAGCCUGAUGAGAGGGUUGGGCAACGCUGCAUUAGAUAAUGGUGUUGAAUUUUCACUUGACUGUGUUUUAAUAUUUGUGUGUGUCACCGAGUCCAUAUUGAUGUAACUGUAGCAGGUCUCUCUGAAUGAAGUGGUAACUGGCCAAAGUGGCUGGAACAAAAUAAAUGAAAGGAAAAGGUCUUUGUUCUCAGCACAGGGAAUAGUUAUUUUUCAAUGUAACAAAAAUAAUUGGUGAUAAGAAUGUAAAAUAUAUUUUAUGUACGUAAAAGCAAGCUAUAUCUUCAGGCACUUUACGAAGUGUAGUUUACACGCUGUGGCUGAAAAGUGUACAAGUGAUCAAAUCUUAAUUCCUCGUGUCCUUGAUUCCUAAUUUCCUUACCGACCUCUCUAAGCACAUUGGAGGACAGGCUCGAAGGUCCCACCCCUCGGACCGCUUCCAAUGAGCUUCGAGAGGGAGGAAUCAAGGACCCGAAUAGUCAGAGUUGAUGCCUUGUACACUUUUCAGACCUAGCCCAUGUAAGGAGCUCUCUAGCCUCAGCUUGUCUUGUUUUGUCUUUAGCUGAGUUGUUGGCCUUUGUGUUUAUUUCAGUUUUUGUGGAUUUGUUUUGUUUCCUGGUUUCAGUUGUCCAAUCGCAGUCUUGUAAGGUUGUUUUUAUGGAUUUGAUGGAGAGAGAAAAAAGUACAUUCUUUUCUCUCUUUCUCAUCCAGUUCAUGUUGGUUUUGGUCCAACAAGAGGGACUCUGGCACAUUGAGGUCCUUGUAUGGAGCUCUGAACGAGUGACAAUAAUAGUUGAAAAGCUGACAGUACACGCUGUUGGUUUACAGCUCAUAUACUGUAUUGCAGAUACCAAAGGAUUGUAUGUAUUAUAUUGUGCAAGAUUGCUUCGUCGUACAACAAGCACAACUAUUUCUGACUGUGUUGGUCUGUGAGGGCCUUGGAUCUCUGUAUGCCUUGUCCUGACCAAUGUUCAGACUUUAACUCUUCUGAAAGGCACCACGGUUUUCACAGUGUGAAACUCCACAAGUUUUUUAUAUWUUUUUUAUAUUAUAUUAUCAGGGAUGUUGAGCAGUGAAUUGCAACUUUUUUUAUGAUUUUACAACUUAAAAAAAUACUGUGCAAUGUGCUCUGUAGUUUCACUCCGACUUUUUGUAUGAUAUSUGAAUAUUAUUAAUGAACAUGUACUAUGCUGUUUAAAAGGGAUUCAAAUGUUGAGCAUUAACUCAAAUGAAGUUUUAUAAAACAUUGUACUGGUAUUUGGGGUA